AUGUCAAACACCGAUGCCCGGCCAUUUGAUCGCGCCCACGCCAUUGCGCGCGCUCCACAAGAGCCUGAUCGACACCCAGAAAUCUCCACCCCCGUGGAAUUUGAGCACUUUCUUCACGUUGGUGUCAGCAACCUUGCCGAGGUGAAUGAGCUGUGCCUCGACCAACAAGCCAAGUUUCAAGAAGUCGUCGAGCGACGUCAGCGACGGCUGCCCGAGACCCCAACGCAGCGCUUCUCUGACGAACAGCACACCCAGCGUGCCACCCCGAAGCUCACGCCCUCCCACGCCUCCUCAAGCAGCCUGCAGAGCAAUCGGCGGUACUCCCGCACCACCUCCACCAAAAUGCUUAAGGCUUUUAUGCGCAGCGAUAGCCCCAAAAGCACGGCCACGGAUGACGAACUCCGUCUGCACAUUGCGGAUGCCAUCCAUGCUGUGGAAAACAACCAGGUGGAGAAACUCAACGAUCUUCUCAAGCGUGAAAUUAUCGACGUCAACUCGCGGGAUGAUGACGAACACACUCUUCUUGAUUUGGCCGUCAUGCUUAACCUGCGAGGUGCAGUCCGACUUCUCCAAUUAUACGGCGGGAUCGAGAACGACAAAUAUACCGAUGCCAAAGCACGCAAGACGCGCCUCGAGGUGAUUCUACGAGCCAAGCAGAUUGAGGUUCGCAAAAUUCUCACCGCGAUUCAAGAGGGGAAUGAUCGACUCUACCAAGAGUACGACCUCAAGAACAAAAUGUGCACGCGCGCUGAGCUGCUUUUCCGAAAGUUUGACAGUAACUAUCGCAAAGCCGGUGUUCCAGCGGCGCCCAGCCUGGUCAGAUUGAGUGUGCAUUCGCCCACCUCGAUCCGCGUGCAAAUCGGUCACGUGCGCGACCACGGCCAGGCCGUAGUGACCCGCUACAAGGUCGAGUGGAGUACCGAUCCCACCUUUGCAGACAGCCAGCAUGUCUUCAUUCCCAGCGUAGUGGAAUCCUACAUCUUGGAAGGACUGGUCGAGGGCGCUCCUUGUUACAUACGAGUGGCCUCUCUCAAUAUCAAGGGCGUGGGUCCAGCUGUGAAGGCACAACCCCCCUUCAUCGUCCCGUCGUCUUGGCGACAGCUUGAUGAUCGUCCUUAUCGCACCACUCGCCUACGGACUAGCCUGGCUGCCAUUCAGGACCAACUCAUGUCAAUUGGUGUCGAAAAUGACGAUGGCUCCUUUGGAGCUUCAGGAGUGCCAGCCACACCCUCCAAGGCCAAGGCCAAACUGAUGGCCAAAUUUGGCUCAGGUUUGAAGCCCGUGCGCCAGGUCAAGCGCGGCUUGCACCUGGCCGUGGUAGCAUUCGACCCUGCUCAGCCCUCGCGCGUCCUUACCAUCAAUGGCACACCGCCCGUUGUGCCCAUCGAGGCUUCUGUCUCUCCGCAAGAGACGGCCGCCCUUGUUCAGUGGAUACAACAGCUUAGCUUUGAUUGGGGUGCUUCACGAGGCAUGGCGGAUCUCACCGAAGACGUGGCCUCGUUGCAAGCCCGAAAGCGUGCGGCCGAAGCCGUUGCCUGCCUGCAAGGACUGUUCAAUACCCUCGAUCUUGGCCUCUUGUAUCACGAGCCCAUCAAGGAGGACAACGGCGCCCUGAUUAUCACCGCGGUGCAAAGCCUCCCACAGAGUGAAUGGUCUGGCAUCAGCAAUGCGCUGAGUUGGUCGGACACUGAAGGACUUGCCGUCAGUAGUACACCGGGAGGCGCGGAUGCUGCAUCCACGCCUGCUCGUCUUCUGUCCAGUCUAUCAGACCUUGUGACAUUUGCCAGUGGGGCCAUUGAACCACAACUGGAAGGCCUGUACCUCUCCGUGCUUGUGCCGCGCUCCACUGUCGGUGGCCUCCAAGUAACGGUGCUGAAGCACCAAGCGGCCGUGUUGCCGCUCGUUAGGCUACGGACCGCGCACAACAUCUCCCGCGAUGAAUGGGCCUAUCUCCGCGGUGCAGGUCAGAACACGGAACGGGGACGCGAGGGCACAGCGACACACGGACACGAGCUGCUCAAGAGUAUCGUGGAGCAGGCACCAGCUGCGCUAGCACUCUUGGGCAUCCCGGCCUCGGCCGCCCCCCAGUGGCGCUUGUAUGCCGACAAUGUCUGGGAGUUGUCGCCACAGGCUUCAGCUCUGGUGCUCGUGUCACCGAGCAGCGAGUUUUUGACUGAAACGACGCACAAAGCUCAUUCCGAGAAUCGCGAUCAGCUAGUUAUGCCCGCCGCCUGGUUUGAACGACUUUGUUGGCAAACGCUGGAUCCCGAUGCCCACCAGCAAUAUAGUCGCUUAUGGUUGCAGGCCGGCAAUUUGGCGAGCCAGCUGCAAUAUGAAGCUCGUGCAGCGCUGGGCGCCGAGGGUGCCUCUAAGCGUCAAAUGGCCAAUGUGGCCGCCGAGGCACAACGCAGCAUGAUCAAGAACGCAGUGCAAAGCGAAGGGCAGCCCCCCAACUUGAACUGCCUGGUGUGUCAAGACACAGCCAAGGCAGGCAAGCGCUACUGCAAGUCAUGUUAUGGCGUUCUCUACAAACACAUCAAGCAAGUGAUCGAGAUGAUCCACCGCGAGGGCAGCCGCUUUGAGACCGACGGAACCUCGACCGAGAUGCUCAUACGCCUGCGCGAAGCAAUGUCACGCACCAAGCAGCGACUGCGGCGACCUUGCAGCGGUCUGACGCUUCAGCUGCUGCGCAUGCACCUUACUCGAGCUGUUGCAUUGGCUGAGCAAACUGUCACCAUGUACUCGGAGCUCGAUGAAAUUUCUCAGGACCAAGACUCAUCGCAAGAGCUGUCAACGGCUAGCAAUGCCUCGGCCUUUGCUGGUGUGGCCACGUGCGGCGAUGUGAAUCAAGCGCAGGCCACCGCGGAGCAGCUAAACAAGUUGCCUCAGCUGGCCGACAUUUUGGAAUCCGGUCAUCUCGUGCCGCAGUUUGUCAACACAAAUAGUGGCCCCAUGCUCGUGCUCAUGCCGGCUACGGCACCCCUGCUGUCGGUUCUGCUGGAGACAAGCUCCAGCCGUGAGGAACAGCUCCGAGUUGACCCCGGCCCGACCGGUCCGCACUUCACAUCGUCCAGACUGGAAGACAGCCCACGAAGCGUCACGGCACGAGGUCGCAUGCCGUGGGAGGUCCAGGAAUGCGCCGGCAUGGAAACCCAUUCUUUUCUAAUGGAGACCACGCAAGCAUCCGACGAAGACUUCGCGCUGGCUGAUGAGAUGACACACGGACGAACCUGCUGGAUGGACAAUGAGCUGCCCUCAUCGACAGCCACGACUGUGCCCUUGAGUCACGGCAUCGCCUUUGCCAUGACUGGACCCUCGAAGACGCCAUGCCGCUAUGAGGCCACGCAGAGCUUAGAUUGGCAGUCAACCUUGUUCUCAAGCGCUGCCAGUCAAGGGCUUGCGCCCGCCCAUCAGGGAAGCUUGCCCCUCUGGACGAGUCCAGUGAUAUCGGGUUGA